AUGGGGGACUGUCUGCGCAAAACGUGCCCCUGUCUGGAGACGCUAUGGGUCAGGCUGUUUGGCGACAAAAAUAACACCGAAUGUAGUAACACAGUGGAAGGGAUCUCGAACGAUGUCGCCGAUGACGAGUGUGUAGAGAUCUCGUAUAAUGGCAGGCGGUCAUUUACGAGGAACCCGAGGAACUCGAUGCGUCGGGAUGCGCCCCAGCCCACGGAAAGCGCGAUCUACAUGGCUUUGUGGAGAUUUGAGGCACGAGAAAAAGAUGAGUUGUCGUUCCAAGAGGGAGAUCUGUUCAACGUCAUCAGUCGAUCCGGAGACUGGUGGACUGCGCGUAAAAUAGACAGGAAUGGGCGCGUUUUGGCGAAGGGGAUUGUGCCAAAUAACUACCUGGCAAGGGGAGAGUCUGUCAACGCACAGCCAUGGUACUUUGGGAAGAUGAACCGGUUUGAAGCCCUGAGCCAAAUUCUUUCUCCAGAGAAUGGAGAGGGUGCCUUCCUUAUCCGUGUCAGUGAGAAAGGCCAGGUGGGCUACGUCCUCUCAGUCAAAGUCGGCAACCAAGCCAAGCACUUCAAGAUCUGUGAGCAGGAUGGUCAGUACUGGCUGGAACAGACCCAUCCCUUCAACACCCUGAUAGACCUGGUGGAGUAUUACACCACACACACACUGGGAUCUGUGUCCCGCCUGGGGGAGGCCUGUACCAGGAAAGAGCCAGUGCCCCAGGACCUGUCUCACUCCACAGUGGAUGAGUGGGAGCUCCCCAAGGAAGAGUUCACCCUGGGAGAGCAGCUGGGCACCGGGUUCUUUGCUGAUGUCCACCGGGGCAAGUGGAAGAACAGCAUCAACGUAGCCAUAAAGAUUCUCAAGAACGACUCUUUGAACGACCAUGAGUUCCAGCGCGAGGUGCAGAUCCUAAAAAAGCUGAGACACCGACACCUGAUCUCCCUGUUCGCCGUCUGCACCUCCUCAUCCCCCUACUACAUCAUCACUGAACUCAUGGAGAAGGGAAACCUGUUGAACUUCCUCAGAGGUUCAGAGGGUUCUCAGCUGGACCUGGUGUCUCUGGCGGACAUGGCAGCCCAGGUGGCUGAUGGGAUGGCUUAUCUGGAGCAGCAGAACAGUAUCCAUAGAGACCUGGCGGCCCGAAACGUCCUGGUGGGAGAGAACUACAUCUGCAAGGUGGCCGACUUCGGACUGGCCAGGAUCAUCAAGGAGCCCUUCUACGUGUCUGAGGACAAAAAAAUCCCCUACAAAUGGAGUUCCCCGGAGGCCAUCAGCCACGGACGUUUCUCCAACAAGUCAGAUGUCUGGUCCUUUGGGGUUCUGCUCUACGAGAUGCUAACCUACGGUGGAACUCCAUACCCAGGCUACAACAACUACGAGGUAUACCGUCAGAUCAUCGCUGGCUACAGGAUGCCAGCCCCAGAGAAAUGUCCGAAAUUACUCUACAAACUCAUGUUGGCCUGUUGGAGUGACAACCCUGCAGACAGACCGGACUUCAAGGAGCUCAGGAGCAAACUGGAGAACAUCAACCGCUAUGAGCUGGAGCAAUGAGCCUGAACCAUAGAAAUGGACAGUCAUCAGUGUUUAGAAAUAAUUUUUUUUUUUUGCAUGGACAUUGCCAUUGACUUCCACCAUUUUUAAGUAGUCAACUGGGUGGGACAUCCUAUGGGUUAAGGACAGUGGAGGCUUCUGAGGAGAAGGGGAGGACGGCUCAUAAUAAUGUCUGGAACGGGGCAAAUGGAACGCCAUCAAACCAUGUGUUUGAUACCAUUCCACUGAUUCCACUCCAGCCAUUACCACGAACCAGUCCUCCCCAAUUAAGGUGCCACCAACCUCCUGUGGUUAAGGAUCACAUGAUUCCACUCAGGUCAUCAGGAAGGAUCAGACAAUGAAGUAUACUUGAGAGAAAACUUUCUAUAAACUGCAGGUGGCAGCAAAUCACCAACAUUGGCUUUUCUGUCAUUGGUUAAGUCAGGAACAGCUUCUCCCUGGCAUGGAACAUUGUCGAUUGUAAUAAAUGUACACUAAAGGACAAUA